GAUUUUGGGUUUGGGUGUCUGCAAAUAUUUUCAUUUUCAUUCUCGACUCGGAAGGACUCUCCCAGACAAGGUGAAGAAGAAGAAGAAAACGACCAAGCCUCAGCAAUGAGCGGCCACGAUUCCAAGUACUUCUCCACCACCAAGAAGGGAGAAAUCCCUGAGCUCAAAGAGGAGCUCAAUUCCCAGUACAAGGAUAAGAGAAAAGAUGCCGUCAAGAAGGUGAUUGCUGCUAUGACAGUUGGGAAGGAUGUUUCAUCACUAUUCACGGAUGUAGUGAAUUGUAUGCAAACUGAAAAUUUGGAGCUGAAGAAGCUUGUUUAUCUGUAUCUCAUAAAUUAUGCAAAAAGUCAGCCUGACUUGGCAAUACUUGCAGUGAAUACAUUUGUUAAGGAUUCACAGGACCCAAAUCCUUUAAUUCGUGCUUUGGCUGUUCGCACAAUGGGGUGCAUUCGUGUUGACAAAAUUACAGAAUAUCUUUGUGAUCCCCUUCAAAGGUGUCUUAAGGAUGAUGAUCCUUAUGUUCGCAAGACAGCAGCCAUAUGUGUUGCCAAACUUUAUGACAUAAAUGCUGAGUUGGUUGAGGAUAGAGGUUUUCUCGAUUCUCUGAAGGAUUUGAUAUCUGACAACAAUCCAAUGGUUGUAGCAAAUGCUGUGGCUGCUCUUGCUGAAAUUCAAGAGAAUAGUAAUAGACCAAUUUUUGAGAUCACUAGUCACACUCUAUCAAAGCUGCUUACUGCUUUAAAUGAAUGCACAGAGUGGGGUCAAGUUUUUAUAUUGGAUUCUCUUUCUAAAUAUAAGGCAGCAGAUGCCCGUGAAGCUGAGAACAUAGUAGAGCGAGUUACACCUAGACUACAACAUGCUAACUGUGCAGUUGUACUUUCUGCUGUGAAGAUGAUACUGCAACAAAUGGAACUUAUAACUAGUACUGAUGUGGUUCGAAAUCUUUGCAAGAAGAUGGCUCCUCCACUUGUGACAUUACUUUCUGCUGAACCUGAAAUACAAUAUGUUGCAUUGCGGAACAUCAACCUUAUAGUACAAAGACGGCCUACAAUCCUUGCCCAUGAAAUUAAGGUGUUCUUCUGCAAGUACAAUGAUCCAAUUUAUGUGAAGAUGGAAAAAUUAGAAAUCAUGAUAAAGCUUGCAUCUGACCGAAAUAUAGAUCAGGUUCUAUUGGAGUUUAAAGAGUACGCUACUGAAGUUGAUGUAGAUUUUGUUAGAAAGGCAGUUCGUGCUAUUGGCCGUUGUGCCAUCAAAUUAGAAAGAGCAGCUGAACGGUGCAUUAGUGUUCUACUUGAAUUGAUUAAGAUUAAAGUAAACUAUGUGGUUCAAGAGGCUAUUAUUGUCAUCAAAGACAUCUUUAGAAGAUAUCCAAAUACCUACGAAUCCAUCAUUGCAACACUAUGUGAGAGUCUGGACACCUUAGAUGAACCUGAAGCUAAGGCAUCAAUGAUUUGGAUAAUUGGUGAAUACGCUGAAAGAAUUGAUAACGCUGAUGAGCUGCUUGAGAGCUUUUUGGAGAGUUUCCCUGAAGAGCCUGCACAAGUACAGUUGCAAUUGCUGACUGCAACUGUCAAACUUUUUCUCAAGAAGCCAACUGAAGGUCCUCAGCAGAUGAUACAGGUUGUCUUGAAUAAUGCAACUGUGGAGACAGAUAACCCUGAUUUGCGGGAUCGUGCAUACAUUUAUUGGCGUCUCUUAUCAACUGACCCUGAGGCUGCGAAGGAUGUUGUGUUAGCAGAGAAGCCAGUGAUUACUGAUGAUUCAAACCAGCUUGAACCAACUCUUCUGGAUGAACUUCUUGCCAACAUUGCUACAUUGUCUUCUGUGUAUCAUAAGCCACCAGAAGCAUUUGUAACACGCGUGAAAACCACAACCCCGAGAACCGAAGAUGAUGAAUAUGCUGAAGGAAGUGAAGCAGGAUAUUCUGAAUCUCCUGCUCACGUUACUGACAGUGCUGCUGCUGCAUCUCCACCAACUAGCUCUGGAAAUGUUCCAUAUGCUACUGCCAGACAAUCAAGUCCUGUACCAGCUGCACAAACUCAGCCAACACCUGCUGCCCCAGUACCAGAUUUACUUGGUGAUCUGAUUGGCCUAGAUAAUAGUGCCAUUGUCCCUUCUGAUGAGCCUGCUGCUCCUGCUGGCCCUCCAUUGCCUGUUGUACUGCCUGCAUCAACGGGUCAAGGUUUGCAGAUCAGUGCUCAACUGACACGAAGGGAUGGUCAAAUAUUUUACAGUUUAUUGUUUGAGAACAACACACAGACUCCUCUUGAUGGUUUCAUGAUUCAGUUCAACAAAAAUACAUUUGGUCUUGCUGCUGCUGGACCCUUGCAGGUUCCCCAAUUGCAACCUGGGUCAUCUGUAAGGACUCUUCUGCCAAUGGUUGUGUUCCAAAAUAUGUCGCAAGGUCCUCCCAGCUCACUUCUGCAGGUUGCUGUGAAAAACAGUCAACAACCUGUGUGGUAUUUCAAUGAUAAAAUCGAAUUGCAUGUGUUCUUCACCGAGGAAGGGAGAAUGGAGCGAGCAAACUUUCUCGAGACAUGGAGAUCCCUUCCGGACUCAAAUGAGGUCUCAAGGGACUUCCCUAACGCUGUGAUUAGCUCGGUCGAAGCAACUCUAGACCAGCUGGCUGCGUCGAACAUGUUCUUUAUUGCGAAACGCAAGCAUGCAAACCAGGAUGUUUUCUACUUCUCUGCUAAACUCCCUCAAGGAUCACCUUUCUUGAUCGAACUCACCACAGUCGUCGGUAACCCCGGUGUGAAGUCUGCAAUCAAGACUCCAAACCCUGAAAUGGCACCACUUUUCUUUGAAUCCAUUGAGGCUCUUCUUAGGGUUUGAUUUUGUAUAUUUUUGUUCUCCAAUUUUUCUUAUAGUUACUAUUGUAAAAUCUGUCCCCGGUUAUUGAAGUUUUGGUUGUUCCUCUCUGUGUUUUUAUGUUAUUCUUUGUACCUUACCUGUUGUUUUGCCACUUCUACUCUAAACAUUUAAACUGAGCCUAAUAUGAUUCGAUUGCUUGGUCAUAUUUGUAUGCCAAAUUUUAUGUCA